AUGAGUGUUUUAAAGCGCCAAGAAUGGAUAUGUCGCACCUGUCGCACUCAUGAUGCCCGGUCCGGUGAUGUGGUUUCAGGGUCGCAACCCAGUACGGCGUCUUCAUCGGGUACGGGAGACAUAAAAGAUAGUAUUGAUAAACUAAUGUGCGAAUUGUUGUCAGUGAAAGCAACUGUGAACCAGAUACCAUUACUAAGCCAGAAGGUUGAAGACCUUGCAGCCCUCAAACCAGUGGUUGAAUCACUGUUGCCUAUUAAGGACGCGAUCGAUGAACUCAAAAAUUCUAUCACUUUCGUCUCGAAUAUGUACGAUGAAGUUCGCGCUAACGUCAACAAAAAUGCGGAUGACAUAAAUGAAACAACUAAAAGAGUGACUGUGCUUGAAGAUACGGUGGAAAAGCAAGCUGAAGAAAUACAGAAACUACUAACAUUACAGAACGAUAGUGAGCAGCACAAUCGUAAUCUCAACCUAGAGCUUCACGGGAUACCCGUACAGGAGGGCGAAAACCUCAGAGACAUUGUUCGGAACCUAGCUAGUAAAGCUAGCAUAUCUGAUUUUAAGCCUGAAGCUGUGCAACACAUUCACCGUCUACCUGUGAAAGGUGGCAAGAUACCGCCUAUAUUGGUUAGGUUUACUUCGUUGGAAGCCAGGAACGCUCUGUUGCAGAAGCGCAAGAUGAUAAGAAUGCUUUCAGAAAAUAGAGAUUUGCCUGAUAACCUGUACGUGAACGAAAACUUAACAGGUUUCAACAGAGACCUGUUAUGGAAGGCAAAGCAACGUGCGAAAGAACAAGCAUACAGGUUCGUGUGGACAAAGAACGGAAAAAUUUAUGUCAGGAAGGUUGAAAGGGAUCCAGUGUUGCGUAUCACAGGCCACAAAGACCUCGCUAAAAUUGUCUAA